AAAAUUAAAAUACGAGAGAAGCGAGGUCAACUGGGUACCAGUUUAAAGUUUGCAAACGAACUCCGGCAAAUAUACCGGUUACGGAAAAGGACGAGCGCGUGAUCCGAUUGUGGCGGAAGUUUGCCCGUAACCAUAUAAACAUCAAUGGUGGAAAUGAGUUGGUUUAAUGAUUCUUGAAAAUGUCUCAUAGUACAUACAACAAACAAUGGCAGGAGGCACAGUCCUCUUUGAUGGACCUCCUGCAACAGGAGAUCCCAGAGCAACCUCCAAAACCAGAAAAGGAUCGACUUGCUGCAUUCCAGCUGUUGGCUACAAUGUAUAUAAAAUACAUUCAAAUAUUCAGAAAAUUAGAGGAAUGCUAUGACCAGAUUGUACAUCCUCAAAAGCGAAGAGUACUGCGCCAUGUCUUGGAUGGAACUAUGGGAAGAAUAUUAGAACUGAAGCAUGAAAUGGUCAACCUAGAGUUUUCAGAAUAUCACUAUUUUGAUGAUGUUUUGUCUGAUUUAAAACUCACACCGAAUGACGUUGAAAUCCCUAUUCCAAAAUUCUUCACCAACGAGAGAUAUGAUGUCAUAAAAGAAAGGGAAAAAUUGUUGGGUAAAAUACUGGCCAAGAUUGGGCCCCAAGAAAAGGAAGAUCAGAAAGAGGAACUGAAAAUGUCUCUGGAAGAUGCUAUCAAGCUCAUUCAAGUCCAUGAGCGAGCGCGUCAGGGAAGACUCCGAGCAAAGUUCAUGAAGGAGAUUCGUGAGCAGGAGGAGAGGGACAGGGUAGCACAAACUCGUGGUGCCCCCACACUUGACCCUGAUGUGGCGGCUUGCAGAAUUCAGAAGGUGUGGAAAGGUUUUGCUCAAAGGAGACGAACCAAAAAAGAAAGGGAUGAAGAAAUGAUAUUCAUUGGCAUGGCACCACCACCCUUACCUACAAGUAUUAAGAAUACCCCGCAGGCCUUGGCUUUGAAAACUGAGGCAACCAGACGAAUCACUCAGUCUAAUCAUGAAAAUGAGUAUCAGCAAGCCCUGGGCACAAUCAAGGAGAAGAUCAAAGAAACCGAGGGCCCGGACAUUAAAGAGACCAUGAUGGAUCAGAUCAGACAAUGGUUCAUUGAGUGCAGAGAUGCCCAAGGAAAGUUUCCGGAAUAUCCAGAUGAGGAUGAUGGAGGAUCUGCUCUCAUCUUUAAGGAAAAGAGUCCUGAGGAACUGGAAGCUGAGCUGAAUGAUAAGGAUGGAGACAAGAAGAAAAAAGACAAGAAAGGAAAGAAAGACAAGAAGGACAAGAAAAAAGACAAGAAAGGAAAGAAGGAUAAAAAAGGAAAGAAGGGGAAGGGAGGAGAUGAUGAGGAAGAAGAAGAGGGUUGGAAGAUGGCAGAAUCUGGCUUUGUUCCAUCAGUCAAUGAGGGAACAGAGAAGUUUAAAUCCGUGUGGAUGACCCGUGACGAAAAGGAAAACUUUUCUCAGAAACAUGAUGCUGAACUUAUCAAAGAGGAAAAGCGAAAGGAGGUGGAGGAAGAAAUCCGUAUUCAAGUGGAUGAGCUCAUGAGAGCCGAGCUGAAAAAUCUCAAAGCGGCGGUAGAUAGAGACAAGGGAAAGAAAGGAAAAGGGAAAAAGUCCGGGAAAAAGAAGAAGAAGAAGGGAAAGAAGAGUGGGAAGAAAGGGAAAAAGAAGAAGAAGGAAAAGGAUUUGACUCCGGACAGGACCAUAGAGUCUCUGUACGAGGAACUAGUGAAGGAGGGGAUCAUCGUGAGAUGUCCUCAGAUUCGUCUGUCCAAUUUUGAGGGCGAGUACAGCUAUCUCGGAACCACUCUGAGACAGGCCAACAUUGAACCCAUGCCCUCAUUAAGCGAUGUCAGACGACUUGUCACUGAGUUUGGAAUAUUACCACUGGGAUCCCAGGCGGUCCACGAACAAGCCCCCCUCACCAAGUCCAUCCUUCUGGCAGGCCCCAGGGGUACGGGCAAGAAAAUGCUAGUCCAGGCCAUCUGUAACGAAGUGGGCGCAAAUAUGUUUGACCUGACCGCCGCCAACAUAGCUGGCAAAUACCCAGGAAAAGAUGGCCUCAAAAUGCUCAUCCAUCUUGUAUUCAAGGUUGGCAGAGAGUUGCAGCCAUCUGUUAUUUACAUAGGAGACUGUGAAAGGAUGUUUAAAAAGAAGAUCCCUAAAACGGACCCGACCGAUCCAAAAAGAUUGAAGAAAGAGCUCCCGAAGAUCAUGAAAGGAGUGAAGUCGGAUGAUCGCCUGCUGUUAGUGGGGACUUCACGAUGUCCGUUUGACGGGGAGAUGAAACCACUCUGUAGUCUGUACCAGAGAAUCAUCCUCAUACCUCGUCCAGACUAUGCUUCCCGGCACUUGUUGUGGAGAAGAUUGAUCCUGAAGAAUAACGGCGUCAUCACAAACAUACUGGAUGUCAGCUCCUUGUCCAAAGUAACGGACGGCUACACCCCAGGCCACAUGCUGACCGCCAUCACCCAAGUCCUGACAGAAAGGAGGAUCCAAACAUUGUCCAAGAAACCUCUACAGUCAGUAGAGUUCAUCGCCCCCCUGGCUCGCAUAGACCCCAUCUACAAAGAGGAGGAGGAGGCGUUUAAGGGUUGGUAUGCCAAAACACCACUUGGCAAGAAACGUGCAAAGGCGGCUCAAGCUGACGACGACGAUGGUGGUGGUGGAAAAGGGGGCAAAGGCAAGGGCAAAAAGGGGGGCAAGAAGAAGGGUGGAAAGAAAAAGAAGAAAUAGAUGAUGGUGCACCAUGGGACUUUUGUCAUUAACGACUGUGAUACAGAAGUUGUGCUAAUAUCAAGACACUUGAACUCGGCUUUGCACUACAACUUUUCUUUAUUCAAGUCCGAUAUUGAAAAUGGACGACUGAAUGAAUGUUUUGUGAUAUAUGAAUCCUAUAUGUGAUGUUUGUAAAUAAUAAAAAUGUACAUUAUACAAUA